UGGCGGCGCCCAGUGUCUGUGGAAGGUUGUGAGCAUCUGUAGAGGAAUAUAUACUCAGAUAAUGGCUCUUUUAGCAUUUUUGGGCUUCUUUGCUGCAUUUAUUAUUGCCCUUUGUAUUGUCGUCGGCAUUGCCUCUCGGUCUGUUUCGUGGUACUUGUCCAAAGUUCUACGACAACGUUUCGGCAUUAAACUCAAGAUAGGAAGGUUCGGCUUUUUCUCCAUUCAAGAAGUUCAUCUGCAGUUCAGAGAUGGAACUACUCUGGAAGUGGAAAAAGCUUGGCUUACCAGUAACCUGAUUUCUACGAAACACAGCUCCCUUGUCGUCAUCUGCUUGGGGGAUGUGCGACUGCAGGUUCAUUUUGACAAGCUCUUAGAAAAUAAGGCCCCAGAUCGUGGGCCGCCUGACAAAGGUACACACAGAUUCAAGCUGCAGCUCUCAAGGAAGGCCAGGGCCAUUUUUAAGCGACUGUCGGUUCAUAUUUGCAAUGCGAGCGUGAUGCAGUUAGGAGCCCCAUCACAGGACUGCCUGCUUCAUGCUACACUUCAAGAAAUUGCAUUUCACGUGCUUGCACGUGACUCUGAGUAUUGCGUUAGCUUGGGUAUCUUUACUGCGGUGCUUCGAAUAUUUAAGCAUCCUCAGGACACAAGCAGUAAUGACUCCUGCUUAGCCCACUUUUGUGUGACACUUCAAGGGAAUGCUGUUUUUUCUGAUGAGGACUUCAGCAUUGUUCAUAACACAACACUGAGCAUUCAACGACCAGAAAUCAUUCUUUAUGAAGAUAGGCUCCUUGAGGCACUGUAUUCAAAGGAGUUCGUGAUGAAGCACCCAGCUUUGCCCAUGGUGAACGAUGAGGACCUCAAGGAAGAUGAAAACAGAUCCACAGUUGAGGAAGACACGGAGUCUGAAAGGGCUAGAUUAAAGUCACUUGUUGCAAAGUUACCUCAGGCAACAUGUAUUAAAGUGGAGUCAGCAUCUAUCAAGAUUCUCAGGGAAAACUGGCAAAAAGGUCUCUUCCUCGAGGUGCAUGCUUUCACUGCUGAGCUGCUGCAGGACUCCAACCAGAGCUGCUUUGCCACAUGUAUGCUGGCCCUGUCCAACGUGGCUCUCACCAGCGACCAAUUCCAGCUUGUAGCACUUACAAGGGCUGAAGCCACAGGCAAGCUUCAUCACGAGCAAGUUGAUGUGAACCUGAAGUUUGCCUCACUGCGGGCUGCCUACUCAGAGGAUGAACUGCGCCACUGGGCACAACUGCUACCUUCAGUGUCAGAGCAGGAAAGUGAGAAUAAGUGUGCACCACCUCCUUCCAAGAAGACCUUAGCCGAGAGGUUUUCUUCUUUGAAGAUGCUUAUGCGAGCCUCAGCUGAACUUGAAGAUGUUUCAUUAUCAGUUAGAACUGCAGAUUGUGAACCAGUUUCUGCUGGAGUGCUACGUGCCAGGCUCAAUGCUGAUGUGGGAUCACUGCUGCUGACUGGAAAAGAUCAAGCUGUAAACCCAGAACUAAGCUCUGAAGUGAUGUUGGAAACAGCGUGGUGCACACUGGGGUCCCGUGAUACACUGAAGCCAUAUCAGCUGAAGAAGAGCCAUGUUUGGAAUGUUCCAUUCUCUAUCGGCAUGAUGCUACUGAAGACUCGGCAUAGCAGCUCAGACCUGCGCAUCCAGUGCAUGCUGGGAGGUGUCCAUGCAGAAGUCAAUCCCCUCGUAACUGGCCUUUUGGAGCGCUGGUCUUCCAAGCUGCAGGCCAGGGCUAAGGAACAUAAAGCUGAGCAGCCAGCCAUAUUAGAGUCCAAACAGGCUGGCCCGGCCUUGUCUUUGCAUUUGAGUCUGUCAGACACCAACCUUUUUGGUCUGAGCUCAGCUGAGACAGGCGUAGUCAUCCGACUAGACAGCCUGAAUGUGGAUUGCACCAGUGCUAAGGUGUACGUGAACUUGGAAGGCUGUGCCUUAGCAGCUCUGCGUAACACUGUCCAGUCUUACAGUUGCAUCCCGGCUUCAGAGGUUAAACCAGCAGCAGCCUAUAUAAAAAGUGCUCGCCUGAACUACAAGCCAGAGCAGAAGGAGGUACACCUGCAACUACUCGAUGAAGUCUCACUUAGCUGGUGCACAACUUUGCACAUGAGCUUGGUCACUUUUGUGCAAGAUCUACUGGAGCUGAAGUCUUCACUGAAAUUUGAGCGGAAAGCACUGGAAAAUGUGCCACGAGAUGAAGAACCAACUUCCGAGGGCUUGACAUUCAACAUCUGCUUGCAAGGCGGGAACAGUUUUGAGUUCCGUCUUUCAAAGGCCCACAGAAUCAAGUUUAUCAUGUCAGAUCUUCACAUAAAGGCAAAGCCGGCACGAAAAUCCAUCCACGCAGAUGCAUUGGUGGUGUAUUUUGAUGAACACCCUGUGUUUAAGCUACAGCAAGUGCAGUAUGUAGCUGCUCCGUCAGAUGAAAAAUCAUCCAUCAAUCGCCACACAAUAAAGGGAUUGACUCAGCAGUACAACAAGCUGUGGACUCUUUCCAUUGAGGAAAUGCAAGUUGCUUUCCCAUAUGACUACAACUUUGCAGAAGCCUGUAGUGAAGAGGCUGUUAACAUCAUCAGAUGGUUAAAGCUUGUCCACAAGAAGGGCAAGGUACCUUUUACAGCUGAUUCACCACUUCCCUCUGACUUUUCUAUCAAGGCUAAGACACUGACAAUAGAGCUUGGUGAUGAUCCAUUUGAAGUGAAGCUCAGGAACAACUAUGAGCUGCUUGAGGACGAAUAUCAUGAAAGCCUGAAGAGAAAAAGAAUGCUUGAUGAGAAGAUUGAAAACUAUCGCAAAACACACCUUUUGCUGCCAGCCUCCAAGGUGAACGAGCUCUAUGCCGGCCUCAGGAAGAAGGAUGCCGACAUAUACGUCCAGCGCUCCAAGCAGCUUGGGCAGGGAACAUCUAUGCGCUCUCACCUUGUCCUCUGGCACUUUGACCAACUUGAGGUGCUGGCCCUGGCCGACCCAUCAUACCAUGGCACCGAGGCUGUUGUUGAAGUAAUGCGUCGACUCGAUCCUGAGAGCCCCUAUCCAGAGGAAGGGAUGCAGUUCUCGACCCUGUGGUGUCGCCGAGUGACUGGCAGCAUCAAAUCUGUCACCUGCCAGCUGCGUGACUUCCCUCAAUUCAUGGUGGACUGGCGCGAAUUCCAAGUGUGGGGCACCCUGGCCGGUGCUGAGCAGGAGGCGCCACCACGAGCAAAACGGAGCUCAACAGUUGAAGUGGGUGCACCAUGGGGGAACAUGACUGUGCAAAGAAGCAUGCCAUCCCUGAAAUUUUAUCACGACUUGACUUGGGACCUGGGAUACCUGGGCAUGACAUAUGGAGCUUGCUGGGAAGCCAUCGUGGCCCAAGUCAGCCUGUGCAUGGAGAAAGUGAGCCGCCCAUCAGCCGACCCGAGUCCAGCACUUGCCUGGUGGGACAAGGCACGACUCCUGCUCCAUGGACGCCUGACUGUCUCGGCGAGACACCUGGCCCUUUUCCAGCAUGUGUCUCUAGACCCAAACAAUGACACCGAACUCUUUGAAGUGUCCUGGAGCGACGCUAUUGUGGAUUGGACAAACGGCAAGAUUGUGAUGAAAGGGAACCUGGGCAUGUAUGUGCACACGGCGUCUCGGUACAACGACAGCCGUUUGGUUCACAUUCCAAACCUCAAAAUAAGCAUCAAGAUGAAUUGGCUUUGUGUGGGCAACCCUUAUGACCACCAUAGCAUCACACCUUGCGCUCCUGACAAGAUACCAGAGUACUCAAGCAACCAGGAACAUGACAGCUAUCGGGCAUUCCGGUCUCAGAACUUGAACCUGUCAGUAUCUCUUGAGACAAAAUCUGUAGCCCUGGAAACAGCAGAUUCUAUCCCAACAUUGCUAGUCUUUAGUUCUACACUGAAGUGGCUGGAAGGACUAAAGGCCAUUUUAGGUGGCCUUCCUAAGCUGACACGGCGAGGCAGUCUCUUUGGCAAUGUGAAACCACGGAAGAGCCAGCUGACACGACACGUACGUCAGCUACAGCUCUCACUUGCUCUGCACAAGUUCCAGGUGUGCUACUGGACUUCACUAGCCCGGCAGCAUGGCUUCGAACUGCUGGCAGGUCGCAUCCAGCUCAGUUCUGAGCACAGCCUCGUGUUCGACACACUGCGUGAUGGUCUACUGCACAGGCCACGUGCCAACUGGUCUGUGUCCUACAUGAACUGCGAGCUGGGCGACAGUGAAGUUUGGCUCUACAAUGCAAGCACAGAGGCAGCUGGAGGUGACCCAUCAGCAGCCACAGCGGAUUCAGGGGCCGAACUCUCUGGGGGCUCCACUCCUGUGGAUGGAGAAUCUGGCCAGAGACCUCUGCCACCGUCUCCAUUGCCGCCACAGCGCAAGUACUUCCUUAGUGUGGCCCGAGUAUCCUAUGGACGGGAGACAAAGGUGCGGGGCAGUGUGUCCGCAGCCCCAGAGGAGGACACACCGGUGCACCUCUUAGUUGUGCACGGCCUCAAGGGGGCCUGGACCAAGCAUAACAGGGACGUUGUGUUUGGCCUGUUUGACAGCUACGUCGAUGCCAAACUACUCCGCCGCAACCUCUCAACAGAGGCACUCAGGGGCUUCCGUGUUGAUGGGCAGCCUCUGACUUCACCCGAACUGCGUCCCAGUCCCCGGCCAUCACGCAAGAGCACUUCACCAGCUGUGUCAAUGCUUCAGCAACUAGAAUCAUCCGGACCCAAAACAGUGUACACGGAAGACGUUGAGGGAGUUGCUGAGGAAGAACAGCUUCAUGGAGUUGCUGCCUGCCAGACUGAUGACGUUCUUCACAAAAAUUGGUCCGUUGAAUUAGUUAACAGCCAGGUGAUGCUGCGUGGUUGUGAGACAUCUGGCUACGUGAUAGUCAGUGCAGCAAAGGCAGAGAUCUUGCAGCGAGUGCACACACCCGUGUGGAAGGAGAACACGCUUGUCUCCAAGACCACCUGGAUGGGAUCUCUUGAGUGCAUGCAGUACUACGCCACGGUUGACGCUGGGGAGCGUGGCGCCUCCGAUGAUGGUGUAGUGUGGCUGACAGUGGACAACAUAGAAGAACGCUCGUGGACAGUGAUUGAGGCCCCUGCUGACUUGGUGGGCAGUGGCCAGGGAGUUGGAGGUGUGGUCAGCAGCACAGUGGGUGGGGCCUCAGACCCUAACACAGCACCACUUCAACUUCAGCGAAUCAUCUCGCGCUGUGGUUGCCAGUUCUUUUAUGCCAGUUAUGGUGAGAACAUCGACCCGGAAGCUCUGGAAGAGGUUCCACCCCUGCCAGAUGAAGAAGACGAGGAGCCGUGGGGCCGGGAGCAGGCAGUGGACUCAUUCACAUUGACGCACCAUGACUUAGAAGUGUGCAGCAACCCACUGCAGUAUGCCAUGGUAUUGGACUUGGUGAACAACCUGCUUCUUUAUGUGGAACCACGAAGAAGGGAGGCCAAUGAGCGGCUGCAACGUAUGCGCUUCCGCCUGCAGCUCUCCGCGGGGGAGGACCACCGCACACCUAUCUUGCAACUGCAGGACCAAGUUCGAUCCCUGCUAUCUAUGCAUAAGCAACUGGAGAGGGAAGCCUAUCAAGUCCAGAGGGGCCUGAACGAGGACCCAGGCAGCACUGAUCUAGAAACUGAGCUGGCACAUUUAGAGGAUGAGAUUCGACUGUGCAAAGAGCAGCUGAGCUCAUCGAGUGAGGAGUUGGCACUCAUGUUGAGCUGUUACCGGGAGACUCAGGUGGCAGCACUAAAAAGCCGGCAGCGGGCAGCCGCUCCUGGACAGGAAGUCACAGUGGUGCGGCGUGCCGAGGUCUGUUUCAAGCAUGCUCGAUGGCGUCUUACUGAUGUCGAUGGACAACUUGGAAUUGCUGAUCUUGUACUCUCAAACUUUCUUUACUCACGUGUGACCAAGUCCAAUGACUCAGUUGAACACCUCCUGGAACUGGGCAAUGUCAAAGUGACGAAUCUACUGCCCAACCAAGUUUACAAGGAGGUCCUGCAACCAACAGAACUUCAACCACAUGUGCCGCUAGAACGUCAGCGAGCCCUGCGCAUCUUUUGCCGAGUGCGGGCACCGGUUGGGGGCAUUUCGGUCAAGGAGCACCUUGAAGUCAACCUAGUACCCAUUACCAUUGGGUUGACCCAUGCCUUCACCCACCGCAUGCUACGCUUUUUCUUCUCAUCACGUGCCACAGCAGAUAAGUCUGACGACCACCUUGAUGAGGAGCCAAAGCCCGCACCUCCUCCACCAAGCCAUACGAGGAGAGGUCGCAAAUCACAGCCUAGUCUGGCGUCCUCCAGCCGAGACGAUGUCGAGAAAAUGAAGGAGCGUGCUGAGAAGAACCAGACGUUUGUGUACGUGAAGGUUCCUGAAGUGCCACUACGCCUGAGCUACAAGGGUGAGAAAGAGAAAAACUUGGAAGACCUACAUGACUGCUCGCUGGUGCUUCCCACACUGGAGUUGCACAAUCGCACUUGCACUUGGCUGGACUUACUCAUGGUGGUCAAGAACACUGCACGCAAGGUGCUUCUCUCACAGGCCAUUAAGCAGAAGUUACAAAUCAAGAGCCACCAGGCACAGGGCAGUACACUCGACGAUACCAGCCAGCCACAGGAAGAGGACAAAGCACGACUGCUACUAGGUGCCAAGCUACUGGGUGGACCAGAAAAAAGCACCAGGAGGGGAUUCUUCAAAUGAACAUGGCCAUUCACUAUGCUGAUCCAUACAAGGGCUUCGUGCAUAGUUCUCGAGCUGCUAACACUGGAGGUGUGCAAUUCCGCGUGUACAUACUCACAUACGUCAAUGUGAUACCUGCUCACUUUGUAUUUGAUAGUGCACGACAGACCAAUGCACCUUUUAUGAGAACAUUUGGUAAAUGAAAAACCAUGUGGUUUGUAUGUUUUAACGGUAUUUAUUAUUAACGUGAUUUUUAAACAGUCUGUGCUAUUCCUUUAUAAAUGUUCGCUGCAAUCAUUUGCAGUGCAGCAGGUCUUCAGACUGUUUCUGAUCCUGCCGUAUAUGUCCAGCUGCAUGUGGGGCCCAAAGUUGCACAGCUAUGAACGUAAAGUGUAUGUUGUUGUACUUCCAACAUUCCUUUUGCUUUAUGUCAAGAGCCACUUCUCGUAGUUACCCUGCAAUCUGCAUCCUACAUAUAUAGUUAGAACAUAGACAAUCCUGCAUUCUGUACAUAGAACUUGUUCUUGUUGACUGUUAAUGAACAAAUAUGUGGUCAGCUUUGUAGGCACAUGCUUUUAUUGAGCUUAAUUCACUAGAAUAUGUAUAAGGGCAUGUUUGACAUGCAAGAAAGAUAUACUGUACUAUUUUAGAAAUUGCAAAGGAACCCAGCUUGUUUGCUCGCUGUCUUUGCUAUACACAUUGGUGCGUUUUUCUAGAUCUAAGUCAUACAAAAUGAAGCCACUACGCAUAUGUGUGCAUAGACUUAGUAAGAUCUGUUGCUAGGCUGCUGGUUUAUUUCAAUUCAGUUUCUCAGUACAGUACGCUGUAGAAAGGUUGAAAAAAGAACAAUAAAAGAUGGUUCGCAAAGCU